AUGACUACCCGAAGACCAAUAUCCUGGUUUUUAACAGACCAGGGAAGAAAAUUCUCUUUUGUGGUUGUGACGGGAACCGGCAUAGCUCUAACAGCAGUAAGAUUUACUCCUCACACGUUUUUAAUUGAUAAAUACAGGGAGUUUGUUCAUUACUACAGUGCAGGGAAACCAGUAGAUUUAACAAAAAGUCUUCGGGAUAGGUAUCAGAGAUGUCUAGAUAUCCUCAAAGUAUCUGAAGUACAAAGAAAAUUAUUAAAACCUUUUACUGUAUUUGGAUUUGAUUUGUUUCAUGCUGGUAGUACAGGUUCCAGGUUCGGUGUUUUAAUUGGUAUACCAGUCAAUUUCAAUUAUAAUAAUUUAGAUGAUGUAGCUAAAGAUAAUGUUCAGGUUAAUCAGAAACCCGUUGACCUUUCAUCUGAAGUUGGAAAAAAACUUGGCGAAGCAUUAAUCCUUCCUGAGAAAGUGCAGGAAUUUGCAAUUUGCAGAGAAAUAUUGAUGACUCAAAAUAAUAAAGUUAUGUUUGAGUCUUCAUAUCCUUUUAUAUCAGUUUUUCUUGUAUAUAAUUUGUCAAUGUACUUAAAUAAACGUCUUAAUUUAUAUGCAGCUCCAGUUGCAAUGAGAGCUAUGCUAUAUUCCAUUACUGGAUUGUUUGGAUUAGGGACUUAUUUCCUGUUAAAGGAUGCAACAGAAGUUCAUUAUGAGACUAGUACUGAUAAAGCUCUUGUUCAACUUGGAAAAGAAUAUGUUGAAAGUGGUGUAGUUUUUUAUGAAAAACUUCUGGCAAGAAAUCAAGCUUUGCGAGAAUUAAUGGGACCAGAAGGGGAGAGGAAGUACACUGUAAAAGGAAAUGUCAAUUAUACACUACGACAGCCACAUGUUGCAUUAGUGCAUAGAAAGCAAUUCUUUGAAAAAAUGUUAAUGGCUGAUGAUCCAGAAGAAGGGCUACUAGAGACAUGA